AUGGCCCAGCAAGAAAUUUCUUGUGGCCUAGAUUAUACAAUCGCUCCAGAUUUACAAGCAUGUCUUACUGAAGCAUUGCAUGCUAAUUAUGCAUUUAUUGUAUCUCAAAUUGUACAUCCACGCUUCCGGCUGUCUUCGCUACCUUCAGGCAAUACUGUUGGAGGUUUUACUCGGUCAGAUAUGAUAUUAUCACCUCAAGACUGGAAUAGCCGAGUCGUUGGAAGGGUGUCUGGUUAUUUAGAUCCAGAUUCUCCAUCACCUAUAGUACAAAAACGUCAUGAAGACUCUUUGAAUGAGGAGCUUGCUUAUUGCCGAGGUCUAGGUCUUCCAGCUGUUAUGUUAUCACUACAUUCAAGAAAAUCUAAUAAUUUAGCUAGAAUCUUACAAACUUAUUUUGAAACGAGCCACCAUCCUACACUAAUUUGGACAAGUGUGCCUAUGGUGUGUCACAGAACAAUGAGAUCUUGUGAUGAAGACAAUAGCAAUGAAGAAGCCUGGAAUGAACCAUGGUACUGGUGGACCAAAUUUCAUGAAUGUAUGGGUUGGGAUAAAAGAAUCGGUGUUGUAUUAGAAGUAUCGGCAGAUUUACCCUCAAAAGAUGUUAUAAACAGAUGGCUUGGUGAACCAGUAAAGGCCAUUGUAUUACCUACCUCACUCUUUCAUAACAAUAAAAAGGGUUAUCCUGUCUUAUCAAGAGCUCAUCAACAAGUAGUUGUAAGCAUGGUUGAAAGAGAUGCUCAAGUUAUUGUCAGCGGGGCGAGAAGAUCAAAUAUUGUAUAUUAUUUACAGUAUCUCUAUAGAUUGUGGAAAAGGCGACCUUAUGUUGUAGAUGAUCCUAUGCUUAGUUAUGCAAGAGGAUGGGAAGAUUUUUUACAAACUCCUUUGCAACCAUUAGCAGAUAACUUAGACACGCACACAUACAAUGUGUUUGAAAAGGAUCCAGUAAAAUAUGAUCAAUACCAAAAAGCGAUAGCCCAAGCUCUGAGUGAUCUUCAGAUGAAAAGGAAAGAGGAUAUGAAGAUUCAGGAGGAAGACUCUGCAGUUGUAACUAAUGUUAAAGAAAUCAUACCUGGUAAAAAUGGUAUUGUAGAUAAUGACAGACCAUUUACAGUAAUGGUGUUAGGGGCUGGACGAGGUCCUCUUGUGAGGGCAACACUUAAUGCUGCUGAUAUAACUAAUUGCAAAGUAAAGGUGAUAGCAGUUGAAAAGAAUCCCUGUGCUGUAGUAGUGCUGGCAGCUCAAGUGCGAGAAGUCUGGCGGGAUCGAGACGUCACUGUUAUACCAGGAGAUAUGAGGCAAAUAAAUUUAUCUCCUAAGGCUGAUAUCAUAGUUUCAGAACUUCUAGGUUCAUGGGGAGAUAACGAGCUCUCACCGGAAUGUUUAGACGGAGCGGCCGGACUUCUCAGACCUGGUGGCAUAUCAAUACCUAGAGAAUACAAAUCAUAUGUUGCACCUAUAUGCUCACCCAGGUUAUGGGCGGCAGCCAGAGCUGCUUCUCCAGGAAAUGCGCAACAAAUAGAAAAAAAUCUGGAAACAUUAUGGGUUGUUUAUAUGCAAAAUAAACAUAACAUAGCUGAGACAAAGCCAGUAUUUACAUUUGAGCACCCAUCAGAAGGAAUAAAAAAUCAAGAUGGGCAAGAAGUCACGGAUUAUAGAGGAUUAAAAGUAACUGACAACCGAAGAUCUACAACAGUCACUUGGGAGGUUAAACAAGACAAUGUUAUGCAUGGUUUCGGCGGCUACUUUGAUUGUGUUUUAUAUGGAAAAGAGAUGCUCAGUAUUGUGCCUGAUACUCAUAGCCCAGGGAUGAUAUCAUGGUUUCCAGUCUUCAUUCCUAUUAGGACGCCCUUAAGAGUACAAAAAGGUGAUACAAUAAGUGCCACAUUUUGGAGAUGUGUCAAUUCCAGAAGAGUGUGGUAUGAGUGGAUUGUUGAAGUUAACAAUCACACAACUCCUUUGCAUAAUCCUAAUGGUCGAAGUUCAGAGAUGUUACUUUGA